AUGCGCAAGUCCAAUCGUGCGGCAGACUGCAAAGCGCAGUAUCAGAGGAUCGCAUUCGAGCGACAUCCGAUGUCUCCUUUGCUGCGCAGCGCAUCGAUCACUCGUGAAUUUACCCACCUGCAAGUGCGCCACGGCCACUCUCAAAGUCACGCGCGGCCCUCUCCUCUGCCGAUCACCUCGUCUCAUUUCGCGCGCAGCGGAGGCGAGACCGGCUUCGAACAGAUUCGUCCGCAUGUCGACUGGCAUUCAGAGUAUGCAAAUGCGAUCGGCCCAACGCUACGAGCGUCGCCGCCUCACCCGCGCUCGGGACCGCCGCCGCCCGGAGUGGAAUCAGUGUGGAAUUGUCUUUUGCGCCUCGUUCACGUCGCCUUCGCUGCAAUCAUCGUCAGCAUCUCUCCCCUCUUCCUACACAGCAAUGCUGACUUCGGACACUCGAGCGGACUCGCCGCCAGCAAGCCCGGCUUCCCAAGCACUCGUCCCCUGAAGGCGACAUCGAACCCGCUCUCUCGCCUCACCUCGCGGCUCUCUCUCGUCAGGCUCGUCCCGUCUGGCUCUCGACUGCGACUGCAACUGAAACUGCGCACUCUUCUGCAUCCUCCAAGCUCACCCGCUGAACCGUUUGGUCAAGACCUCCACCUGCAGAGCAAGCCCCGUCGCCUCCUCGACCUCACUGGGCGGCAUGCUUUGAAAAAGGCAACUGCGUCCAGCCCGUCGCGACCCUCAUCCCACCAUCCUCACCUCGAUCGAGGCUCGUAG